UCUGAUCAUCUGCAGAUCAGCAAUUAGAAAAGAAAGAUCAGCUACCUCCUUGGGACCUGAUCAGCUUAACACAGAAGCUACCGAUUUCAACUACUUCGGCCUAACUCUCUCCUAAACAAUGAAAUAUACAAGCUAUAUCUUAGCUUUACAGCUCUGCGUGCUUUUGGGUUUUUCUGGUUCUUAUGGCCAGGGCCCAUUUUUCAAAGAAAUAGAAAACUUAAAGGAGUAUUUUAAUGCAAGUAACCCAGAUGUAGCUGAGGGUGGGCCUCUUUUCAUAGAAAUUUUGAAGAAUUGGAAAGAGGAGAGUGACAGAAAAAUUAUUCAGAGCCAAAUUGUCUCCUUCUACUUCAAACUCUUUGAAAACUUCAAAGAUAACCAGGUCAUUCAGAGGAGCGUGGAUAUCAUCAAGCAAGACAUGUUUCAGAAGUUCUUGAAUGGCAGCUCUGAGAAACUGGAGGACUUCAAAAAGCUGAUUCAAAUUUCGGUGGAUGAUCUGCAGAUCCAGCGCAAAGCCAUAAAUGAACUCAUCAAAGUGAUGAAUGACCUGUCGCCAAAAUCUAACCUCAGAAAGCGGAAGAGAAGUCAGAAUCUCUUUCGAGGCCGGAGAGCAUCAAUGUAACGGUCCUCCUGCCUGCAAUAUUUGAAUUUUUAAAUCUAAAUCUAUUUAUUAAUAUUUAAUAUUUUACAUUAUUUAUAUGGGGAAUAUAUAUUUAGACUUAUCAAAAUAUUUAUAAUAGUAAUUUUAUGUCAUGAAAAUGAAUAUCUAUUAAUAUAUGUGUUAUUUAUAAUUCCUUUAUCCUGUGACUAUUUCACUCGACCCUUUUCUUCCCCUGACUAACUAGGCAAGUCUAUGGGAUUUCAAGGUUUUAUCUCAGGGGCCAACUAGGCAGCUAACCUAAGCAAGAAUCUGUGGGUUGUGCACUUAUUUCACUUGAUGAUGUAAUGAAUGCUGAUAAAUGAAAUGAAGCCAUCUAGUCACUACUUAUCUGAGACUAGAUCUGCAUUCUGAGCCACUACUUUGAUGGCAUGGCAGACAGCACUUGAAUGUGUCGGGCGAUAUGAUUUGUGCCCUGAUAAAAACAUAGCAUCUCAUCUUACCUUACGCCUGGUGUUUCAGAAUAUCACUGACAAUUGUGAUUAU